UAUAAUUUUAUUAAAAAAAGAACAUGUUAUUUGUUUCUGUCAACAAAAUCAUCAGUAUGAGCUAAAGAGUGUGCUGUAGAUCCGUGACCCUCUUUUCCAGGAGUAACCAGAAUCAAAAUCAAAAUCCAUAAUUGAACAAGCAAAGAUUUUUUUCCACUACAGUGUAAUGGGUAUUAUUGCAGCUAUUGGAGUGUUAUCCCCAUUUCCAUUUUACUAUUACCUAUGGAAUUGGCCUCAAUCAUGGGUAGAUUUUUGUGGUAAAGGAAGAGACCCUUCAAAGAUUAUGGCUUAUGUUGCUCAUUUGUUGAAGAUAAUUCAGUUCAUUUCACUCUUUUAUGUCUCUUCUUUUCAUUGGCCGCCUCCUUUUUACUUUUGGCCCCUUUUUGCAUUUGGACAGUUCCUUAACUUUAGAGUUUAUCAGCUGCUUGGUGAGGCCGGCACAUACUAUGGUGUGCGCUUCGGAAAAACGAUUCCCUGGGUAACCGAAUUCCCUUUUGGAGUCAUCAGUGAUCCGCAGUACGUUGGCAGCAUCAUGAGUCUUCUUGGAUGCCUUUCAUGGGUUCCUUUUCAGUACAUUCUCCUGUGGAUUAUAGGGUAUGUGUUUAUGAUGCGCGUGGAAUCGAACGAAGAUCAAUCAACUCGUGCGAAGCCACUCAAUUGAUUUAGCAUGUGUUUGGAUGCACAUGCCUCUUAAUUUGCACGUCCUGAGGCACUUUGGACGUGAAGAUGAAGAAGCCACAAUAUGUAGCUUCUUGGUGGACGCAAGUUUAGGCCAAACAUGGUCGUGGUUCGAAACGAGCAAUUAAUUUCAGUAGAUUAGAUAUAAACUAAUGUUAAGAAUGUUAUUUUUAAAUGUUAAGGAACUCCUUUUUGUGUAAAACUUUGUAAGUGAUGUUUCAUAAAAUUAAGAUUCGAAUGGCAAAAACAAUUUAGGUAUGUUGCUAAUUUUAAGGAACAUAUUAGAGCAUCCACAAUGGUGGGUGUUUCAAAUGGUGGCUUUGAAAA